GCAACAAUGGGUCAAUCUUGUUUCUUCAGAGUUUUCCUUGUUUCCUCUCUUAUACUACUUAUAUUCUUCUCCACUGCCAUGGGGAGAAACUUGCGAACUACAAAGUUGUCAGGAGUUCACAGCACUGCUGAGCUAUUUCCUUCCAAGGAUGGCAUUGUGCGGAAUAUGAUUGAGCUGAUGGACUACACGCCGCCGGAGUCCAACACCAAUUGGAGUGGUUUCGUCGCCACUCCUCCUCCCCAAUCUGCUCCACUUCCAUAAUUUGUCCAAACAAAGAAAAAAAAAAUUCUCUUUUCAGGUUUACUUUUCGCAAGCAAAGAAAAAAAAAACUGUUUUCAGGUUUAGUUUUCGAAAACCAAAGUUUGAUGUUUGAGUAUUUUGGCAAUAAAUAACGGUAUGUAAUAUUUUAAGCUUUACUCUCUCAGUUGUGGAAAUUAUGAGUUCAAAGUGUAACAUAAAUUGGCUGGUGGACGCAUGAAAUAUGCCAAUUGAAAAUAUAUAUUUCGGCAUAUCAAUUGUUGUUCUCUUAAUUACUUUUUGCACUUGAAAUAUAUGUCAACGUUUCAAGAUUUAUAUACCGUUUUAAGUAACAACCACUUCAGACACAUGAUGUUGGUGGUCGAGGCAUCGUUU